GGCGCAUUUUAAAAAGUCAUGACUUCUUGGUCGUGCAUAAAACUUCUGUGUCCUUAAUUUGGCGAGGAACCUCUCUAUUUUUCUCACUCCGAUAUCAUAAACCCUAAUUCAAUACAUUACAGGAAAGAAGAUAAAAUCAUGGGUAGGUUUCGAUUUGAUCUGCUACUGUUACUACUUGCUGUACAUUGGGGCCCCGCGCUUUCCGAUCUAGUCAUCUCCAAGCUUGAUCGACGGAUUGAUCUGACUUCACAGAUUGUACGAAUGACCAUGUCCUUCAAGGUAGAAAACACAGGUCCUGAUCCAGUUUCCAAGGUAUCUUUAACCUUCCCAGAACACCAAGCAAACAAUCUAGCACUUUUAGUAGCAGUGAGUACAGAAGGGAAAGGGAAAACAAAAGGUCCCACCACCAAUCUCCCAAUCAAAACCAACCAACCUGCUGACUCACCACCAUCACUAAUCUGGUAUGCUGCAUCUCUCCCAAAAGAAUUGGUCAAAGGAGAAAGUUUGACCAUGGAUGUUUUAGCAGUCUUCACCCACACCUUACGCCCAUUCCCAGAAAAAAUCACACAAUCAGAAUCUCAACUCUUCCUCUUCCAGGAAUCUGCACACUUUCCCUCACCUUACAAAGUCAAAUCCCAGUCAAUGACAGUCAAACUUCCAUCCGAAAACGUCGAAUCUUAUACAAAACUCAAAACCACAAAAUUCUCAAACUCAGAGAUCAAAUAUGGUCCUUAUGAAAACCUUCCUCCUUUUUCAUACUCUCCAGUAAUCAUCCACUUUCCAAGCAAUAAACCAUUUGCAGUUGCACAAGAAUUAAUUAAAGAAAUAGAGAUUUCUCAUUGGGGCAAUGUACAAGUCACUGAACAUUAUACCCUCAUUCAUGGUGGUGCUCAAAGCACUGGUGAAUUUUCAAGGCUGGACUUCCAGACAAGGCCACAUAUACGAGGUGCAUCAGCUUUCCGGAAUCUUCUCGCCAUGUUGCCACCAAGAGCACAUUCCAUUUAUUACAGGGAUGCCAUUGGGAAUAUUUCAACAUCUAAUAUAUAUGGUGAUUCAAGCAAGACAUUAUUGGAAAUUGAACCUCGGUAUCCAAUGUUUGGAGGUUGGAAAACUUCAUUCACAAUCGGAUACAGUUUGCCACUUCAAGAUUUCUUGUUUCAAUCAGAAGAAACUCGGUUUCUUAAUAUUACUUUUGGUUCACCCAUGAACGACAUUCUUGUUGAAAACCUUACUGUGAAGGUUGUUCUGCCUGAGGGAUCAAAAGAUAUAUCUGUUUCAGUUCCAUUCCCUGUAAAACAGUCACAAGAGACAAAAUUUUCUCACUUGGAUAUUGCGGGUAGACCCACGAUUGUCUUAGAAAAAAUUAAUGUUGUCCCAGAGCAUAACCAGUAUUUCCAGGUCCACUACAAAUUCAGCAACAUUUCACUCCUUACAGAGCCAUUAAUGUUGAUAUUGGGAUUUUUCUCUCUCUUCAUUGCUUGCAUCAUCUACAUGCAUGCUGACUUCACAAUCUCAAAGUCUUCACCUUCAUAUCUUGCAAAAUUGCAAUGGGAUGAGGUUUUGGGAACGAUUCAGCAGCUUCGAGAUAUGAUCAACAGAUGUUUAUUGAUACAUGAAAAACUGGAAGCUUCUUUAAGAGAACUUUCUAGAACAGGUGAUGUCCAGGCUUGUAAAGCGGUCCGCAAAGCAGCGGAUACUUUGUUGAAAGAUGUUUCUAAAGAAUCAAAGCCCCUUUUGUCUCUCCUACAAUCUUCCCCACAAGCUGCACAUAUUUUUCCCAAGGUGGAGGAGUUGGUUGUGAAAGAGAGAGAUUUGCAAGAAAAGAUUAUGUUGAAACACACAAUGGUGGUGGAUUCAUAUGAGAAGAAAUCAGGGGGGAGGGAUUUUGAGAAUCGUGUGGCUGCAAUUCAACAGAAGAUUACAGUUUUGAAGCAGGAAGUUGAUGAUCUUGUUGAGUUUGUUGAAGAUAUUUAAUCAGAUAUAUUUUUUUUUCAGAUUAAUGAGGUUACGUGAGUAGUUUAAGGACUUAGAGUUUGUGUUGUUUUGGAUAAUACUGUGAAGGCGACUUUGAUAUGUUUUGAGUUUUGUUUUUUU